UUGCGCAGUCUCGGUCCCCGGCCGCCGCUGCGCCAGCCCGGCUCGGUGCACGGGGACCGGGCGCCCUUGGUCCCUCCGCCUUGCCGUCUUUUCCGGCAGUUGGGGCGCUUCCUGUUGUGUUCACCCGCAACCGCCCCUCAGCGCCUCCCUCAGUGCUCCAUUCUCGCGUCCCCUCCCCUCCCCUCCGGCCGCAGCCCUGCGGCCUCUGGGACCUCGUCUGUCCGCACGUCGAGACCGCUGGCCCGGCCGGCGCCGGCGCCUGUCCGCGGCCCCAGCCCGACCUCCUCCGGGCUCCGCAGCCAUGGCGAUGACAGGUUCAACACCUUGCUCGUCCAUGAGCAAUCACACAAAGGAAAGGGUGACAAUGACCAAAGUGACACUGGAGAAUUUUUAUAGCAACCUUAUCGUUCAACAUGAAGAACGAGAAAUGAGACAAAAGAAGUUAGAAAAAGUAAUGGAAGAAGAAGGCCUAAAAGAUGAAGAGAAACGACUUAGGAGAUCAGCACAUGCUCGGAAGGAAACAGAAUUUCUUCGUUUAAAGAGAACAAGACUUGGAUUAGAAGACUUUGAGUCCUUAAAAGUUAUAGGCAGAGGAGCAUUUGGUGAGGUGCGGCUUGUACAGAAGAAAGAUACAGGGCAUGUAUAUGCAAUGAAAAUACUCCGCAAAGCAGAUAUGCUUGAAAAGGAGCAGGUUGGCCACAUUCGUGCGGAGCGUGACAUUCUAGUGGAGGCAGACAGUUUGUGGGUUGUGAAAAUGUUCUAUAGUUUUCAGGAUAAGCUAAACCUCUACCUAAUCAUGGAGUUCCUGCCUGGAGGGGACAUGAUGACUCUGUUGAUGAAAAAAGACACUCUUACAGAAGAAGAGACUCAGUUUUACAUAGCAGAAACAGUACUAGCCAUAGACUCCAUUCACCAGCUUGGAUUCAUCCACAGAGACAUCAAACCAGACAACCUUCUCCUGGACAGCAAGGGCCAUGUGAAACUUUCUGACUUUGGCCUUUGCACAGGACUAAAGAAGGCACACAGGACAGAAUUUUAUAGGAAUCUGAACCACAGCCUUCCUAGUGAUUUCACUUUCCAGAACAUGAAUUCUAAAAGGAAAGCAGAAACCUGGAAAAGAAAUAGACGUCAGCUAGCCUUCUCCACAGUAGGUACUCCUGACUACAUUGCUCCCGAGGUGUUCAUGCAGACCGGGUACAACAAGCUCUGUGAUUGGUGGUCGCUUGGGGUGAUCAUGUAUGAGAUGCUCAUCGGCUAUCCACCUUUCUGUUCUGAGACCCCUCAAGAGACAUAUAAGAAGGUGAUGAAUUGGAAAGAAACUUUGACUUUUCCUCCAGAAGUCCCUAUCUCUGAGAAAGCCAAGGACCUAAUUUUGAGAUUCUGCUGUGAAUGGGAACAUAGAAUUGGAGCCCCUGGAGUUGAGGAAAUCAAAAGUAAUUCUUUUUUUGAAGGUGUUGACUGGGAACAUAUCAGAGAGAGACCUGCUGCAAUAUCUAUUGAAAUCAAAAGCAUUGAUGAUACCUCAAACUUCGAUGAGUUUCCAGAGUCUGAUAUUCUUAAGCCAACAGUGGCAACAAGUAACCAUCCUGAGAUUGACUACAAGAACAAAGACUGGGUCUUCAUCAAUUAUACAUACAAGCGCUUUGAGGGGCUCACUGCACGGGGGGCAAUACCUUCCUACAUGAAAGCAGCAAAAUAGUCCUCUGGAAAUGGUAUCCUAAAUGGAGCAGAGUUCUUUGUGCAACAUUAUGGUUUUCCUCUCAAAAUACUCUUUAAAAAAAGAGCUUCCAAGAUGCUUAUGAAAUUCACCCAGUAUGUCAUGGUAGUACCCUGAAAUAUUACUGUAAGUGGGUUCCCUCCCACAAUGCAUCUGAAAACCUACACAGCGAAGGCAACCAUUUCUACCACAUCAGCCAUAAACUGCUGUCCUGCUUCUUAAGAAGCCUUAUGAGCCAAUUUAAUGGAUGUUUGAAAAGACUUGACUUCCUAAGUUCGUCAGAAUGAAGGGGAAAUAAACAGCCAUCUUCCAGCACUAUUGAGCUGUAACAUUUACUCAUCAAAUAUCAGCCAAUUCCUGUGAUUUUGCAACAUGCUUUCUGCCAAGCCCACCAAGUAUUUCUUUUUUCUUUAUACCUAGAAGUUCCAUAUUACUCAAGAAAUAAAGCAAUAAUGAAAGCCUCAGCAGCCAGCAUUCUGGCUGAAGCAAAUAAUGCUGCCAUCUUCUGAGGUGAUGGUAGUUUCUCCCCAUACCUCGGCCUUGGGCAAGUGGCUCUUUGUAGCCUCCAUUCAUGGUGCACUUUAUUUAUGGUACUAAGAUAAAGACCCUCGAUCCAUUGAUUUAUUUUCUUCCUCUUGCCCAUCUAAAAAUCCUCAUGCUGCUUUUCUGAGUGUUGAUGGGAGGAGGAGACCAACUCUAUCCACUGUUGCUCUUAGAAGACCCAAAAGCUAUUGGGCAUUGCCAAGGAGUCCUGGAUCUCAUGGAAAAAUCCUCGCUUUCUCAUCACCAUUUUAUCAGAAAAUUUCUAAGACAAAUGUUGUCAUGGACUUGCAAUAUCCAAAAUUACUGCCAACAGUUUGGUUUAAUCCUGGGAACACAGCAAGGAGACUACAGGUAGAGGCAAGAGGACUGGAAUCAAACCCUCUUGGAUAAAGGUGCUGCUCCUGUAACGUCUCUACAGCCUCCUUGGGUGUGUAGAAGGAACUAGGACAAUAGAAAGCGCAGAGCCAGCUUACAAGUCCCUAUAAAGUUCACUCUUCAGUCUUUGUUACAACUGUGUGCUUUGUCUUCUUUCUUGGUAUUUCGCCUUUCCCACCUUUAAGUAACCAUUUUGCCUUGGAAUCAUGAUUAUGAAUUUUUCCUUUGCAAUUGCCUACCUGGGGCAUGUGCUUCUUCAGCCUAAAGGGUUGCCUGCCACCAGGCCUCUGUUGUGGUAUUCUUAUGAGGACCCUCAGAAUGUUAGCACAAAGUGCCUUUUCUUUCAUAAUUGCUACCACCUUUAGAAGAAUUUUGCUAUGUGAUUAAAAAAAAGUGAUGGCUCCAUUUUAAUGCAUUAUUACUUGUUAAAAUUUUGAUAACUCUUAAAGCAUCAUUUGCACCUGUAUGGUAACUUUGCCUAUCAUAGAGUGUCAUAACAAGGCUACAAAUGGGAAACUGAUUUCUGCCAGUUUUGGGGUUGGUAAGAUCAUCUUUUAAAGGGAUUAUGUCCUAGUUUAGCCAUUCAAAAUGAAUUAUCAGUUUCACUUGUAAGUGAAAUUGCUUUUAAUAUCUUGGGAAAAAAAAGAUUAUUAGGGAAGUAUUAACUCUGGAUGAAGGUAUUGUGUUUGUCCCUUAAUCUUUCACUCAUGGUCUAUUAGUGUAAAAGAAGUAAAUGAGAUUCUCUUGUGUAACUUUGUAGUUUCUUUAUAUGGCCAGAUAAUUCAGGCCUUGACUCUUACUCACUUUGCAAGUGUGUGUAGUAUGUACAAGUAAAGAGAAGUAACAAGAGUGGUGGUAAUUGUGUGUUGGGGAAUGGCAGGAAUGAUAUGUUUUAGAGGAAAAUACCCACAUUUUUAACCUUGAAAUAUCCGAAUAAACAGUGUGACAACAAUAGUGUAAAUUGUGAUAUGUUAUAAAGCAAAUGUGGUUUGUAAUUCAAAGUUUCAAAGUGUUGGUGACUUUUUUUUAAUUCCUUUGCAGACCAUUGAGAGGUUGUAUCAUUACCUUUAUUUAAAGUGUUUUUCUACUUUAAGGAAAUAAAGACAAACUUUUUUGA